AUGCCGAAAGCAGCUAAAAUUCUGACUGAAACAUUUCAUGAAGAAAAUUUGCCAAUUGCAAAAGUUCCUUCAAUCCUUGGUGGCCCCCAUAUUGGUUUUAACAAUAGAGAUUGUUAUAACCACUUGAGAAAUGUCCGGCAUAGACAACUGGAUGGAGGUGAUGCACAGUUAGUCCUUACUUACUUUAGGAAGAAGCAAACUGAGAAUCCUCAAUUUUUUUAUGCCAUUCAAUGUGAUGAAAACAGAAGGGCAGCUAAUUUCUUUUGGGUGGAUGCUCGAUCACACAUGGUGUACAACUACUUUGGAGAUGUAGUCACAUUUGACACAACCUAUAGGACAAACAGGUAUGAUAUGCCAUUUGCACCAUUCACAGGAGUAAACCACCAUUUGCAAUCAAUACAAUUUGGAUGUGCACUUUUACAAGAUGAGACAGAGGUGACAUUUUUGUGGUUGUUUGAGACAUGGCUUGAAGCAAUGGGAGGACGUCAUCCAGUUUCCAUUAUUACUGAUCAAGACUUGGCAAUGAAAGGAGCAAUUGCCAAGAUUUUUCCUAACACUCGCCAUCGGUUAUGCCUCUGGCAUAUUAAAAAGAAGUUUGCAGAAAAAUUGUCACAUGUGUACUUCAAGAAGUCCAAAUUCAAAAGUCAAAUGAAGAAAUGUAUUCGGUCAACAUACAAGAUAGAGGAAUUUGAAGAAAAGUGGAAGGAAUUGAUGAAAGAAUGUGAAUUGGCUAAUGAUGACUGGUUGAAUAGUUUAUAUGAUAUACGUUCUUCUUGGGUUCCUGUUUAUAAUCGUGGCAUAUUUUUUUGCGGGAAUGAACACUACUGGACGUAG